AUGCUGCUACGCCAUUUAUUCUGCAUUCUUACCUUACUGGUGAGCUGCUCCUUUCUUUGUGUGUUGGCUGAGGCGGUUGAACCGGAUAGUCUUGCUCCUGAUGUUGCUACUGCUUGCCCUGAAGCUUCUGAUGGUCCUGCGAAGCCUCCGUGUUCUCGUGAGGAACCGGGUGAUGGUGGUGGUGGUCUCGGUGGUGAGGUGUCUCAACUGCCACACACUAAAAAGUCAACCAAACAUCAGGAAGGUAGUGGAUUACCUGGGGAAUCAAAGGAACAAACACAGGUAAUAAGUAUUCCACUGUCAGACCCACUGCAGCAAGAGACUCUACCUCACAAUGAUGACCAUUCUUCUCGAUCUGUUGGUGCUGGUGCUGCAGCAGGAGCGAAGGCCGAUGUUGUUGUGGGUUCUCAAGGUCUUGCUAAAGGUACAGAAACUCCAGUAGCUCAAAAGGCUCCGAAUACAUUGACUGACCAAAGUGUCACCUCUAAGACUGUUUUAGAGAAUUCUAAUCUUCAGCCCGGUGAAAAAGAUAAGGAAGCAAUGCCAGCAGAUGCAUCUUCAAAGAUGGACUUAGGACCAUCACGAAACGGACCUCAACCUGCAACAACCGUGGAGGGAACAUCACAUUCAGACAGUGAACCGAAUACAAGUGACACCAGAACAUCAGAAAAUGCAGAGACCACUCCAACAAAU